UUUCUCUCUCUCUCGCUCUCUCACAAACACACACAUGCACACAUACACACUUUCCUCCUCCCUCCCCUAUCCCUCCUCCUCCUCCUUUUCUACUCUGUAACCAACUUACACACAUACACACACACACACACACACUCGUCUCACUGAGUGUGAGCGUCUCACCAGCGACGAUGACUGGAGGAGUAAGUGCUGCAUAAGGCUUCAGCAUUGGGAGAGUGUGUGUGCACAUGUGCGUGUUUGGGUGGACUCCCACUGUAUAAUGGUGCCCCAUGUGUGACUGGGCUGACCACGACAGCCAAACGCUCCACAGCGGGGGACUCUUUUCUCAGCCUACAGAUGGUGUGAGCAGUCAGGGGAAAAAGUUUUCAGCUCCCUCAGAUCCACUCUGCUCGUCACUGAGAGUCGGCAGCAGCAGCCGCAGCAGCAGGAGAGGAGCUGAAGUACAACCUCAACCUGUCUCAGCCCAGGAUUUCUGCUGCUGUUGAUAGAUUACCUGUCACUGGAUUGGAUAAACGGGUCGAGCAUCACCACACACAUCCCUGCGGAGGGAUUCAACAAGGCUGAUUGAAAGGUGACACAGUUAAAAAUCCAGCAGCUCUGCCUGACCAGCGUUUUUCCAAGGACUUUCUAAUUCUGGUGCAGGACAUACAGAUGGUCAGAGCUGCUGUAAUGGAGGACCAGUGUGUGUCCCACAGCAGUCCCCAGCACAGCGGAGGUCCGGCCGGCACCGACGUUCAGAGGCAGGGGUGGCCGCAUGUCAUCAGGUGUGGGUGGCUCAGGAAGCAAGGAGGCUUUGUCAAGACUUGGCACAGUCGCUGGUUUGUGCUGCGAGGGGACCAGCUGUACUAUUACAAAGACGAGGAGGAGACCAAAGUCCUGGGAGCCAUUUUCUUACCUGGAAACAAAGUCACAGAGCAUCCAACCAGUGGCGAUGAAGGGGGGAAAUUUCUUUUUGAGAUCAUUCCAGGGGCAGACAGAGAGCGGAUGACAGCCAACCAUGAGACCUACCUUCUUAUGGCCAGCACCCAGAAUGACAUGGAGGAUUGGGUGAAGACAAUCCGAAGGGUCAUCUGGGCGCCCUUUGGUGGAGGGAUCUUCGGUCAGAAGUUGGAGGAGACGGUGCGGUAUGAGCGGCGCUUCGGGACCAAGCUGGCCCCGAUGCUGGUGGAGCAGUGUGUGGAUUUCAUCCGGCAGUGGGGCCUUCAGGAGGAGGGUCUGUUCCGGAUGCCUGGACAGGCCAACCUGGUCAAAGAGCUGCAGGACGCCUUCGACUGUGGAGAGAAGCCCUCGUUUGACUGUGACACAGAUGUGCACACUGUCGCCUCCCUGCUGAAGCUCUAUCUCAGGGAGCUGCCGGAGCCCGUCGUCCCCUUCCAGAAGUACGAUGACUUCCUGGCAUCCUGCAAGCUCCUCGGAAAGGAUGAUGAAAUGGGUAUGAAUGAGUUGAGACGCCUGGUGGAAAGUCUACCUCAAGUCAACUUCAACCUUCUCAAGUACAUCUGCAGGUUUCUAGAUGAAGUGCAGUCGUAUUCAGGAGUGAACAAAAUGAGCGUUCAGAACUUGGCCACGGUCUUCGGGCCAAAUAUCUUGAGGCCAAAGAUCGAGGAUCCAGUGGCCAUUAUGGAAGGUACCGUUCUGGUCCAGCAGCUCAUGGCCAUUUUGAUCGGCCGCCAGGACGUGCUCUUCCCUCACAGUGAGGACAGCCCCACGGCCCUCGAGCUGGUCAACAACAACGUCGAGCUGCCGCGGCGACAAGCCGCCACAACUACCUCCACCGUCACCACGGUGUCUCAGAACGCCGUGAACAACAACGCGCAGGUGGUCCGCCAGUGUGUGUGGGAAGCCCCCGCGUCUCCUUCGCACCGCCAGCACGUAGAAAAGAGUGGCUCCCCGCGGCCGUCAAGCCCUCGCAACGGUGUCACUGGACGCUUCGACAUCACCCGCAGCCCCCCACUGACUAUUAAAAAGAACCCGGCGUACAGUAAAGGCAGCGGGAUUGUCACAAACGGCUCCUUCAGCUCCUCGCCCUCCUCGGACCCCAAUCAAGAGAAGAGCCAGACUCUGGGUGGAGGAGGGAGUUUACCGAUGCGCCGCAGCGGGGCCCUCAAAGGCUCGGGCACAAAAAUGGGCACCAGCGGCGUGGCGGGUGGGAGCAGCACUGUCGGGAACGGAGUUGUGCGCAUGGGCGUUUCAGGCACUGAUGUGGUCACAGGGAGCCUACACGGCCGCAACGGCCUCUGGGCCCCGAACGGCUGCGUCACGUUACGGUCGAGCAACAAAACCCGCGACGGCUCCAACGGGGAACAAACCGCCAAUCAGAAUCGCCUGUCCACGUACGACAAUGUCCAGUUAAACCACCAGAACCUGCAGCUGCAGAACCAGAUCACCAACACGUGUCUCAACAGCAGCUGCGAGGACAAGCAGAGCGUGGACAGCGCCACCUGGUCCACGUCCUCCUGUGAAAUCUCUCUUCCCGACAACUCCACCUCCUGUCGUUCCUCCACCACCACCUGUCCUGAGCAGGACUUCUAUGGAGGUCACUACGAGGACCUGGACGGACCAGCUCCGGAUACAGAGCCUCCUCAGUCUGGCGGAGGAGGAGAAGGGGGGGUGGGCCGAGGCAGCAACAGGGAACCAGGAGGAGACGGAGCGGGGAGGAGCAGCCGAGGAACCAGCAGCAGUGAGAACAGUGACGGUUUCCCUGCUGCUAACGGAGCCGGCAGCCACAGCGCUCUGCACAGCUUAGUGGCCAGCCUCAAACAGGAGAUGCACAAACAGAAGACCGAGUACGAGGCCAGGAUAAAGAGCUUGGAGCAGCGCAACCUGGAGCUGGAGACGGAGAUGGUGAACCUCCACGAGGAGCUGGACCAGGAGAGGAAGAAGUACACCAUGGCCGAGAUCAAGCUGCGCAACGCCGAGCGCGCCAAGGACGACGCCGAGCGGCGAAACCAGAUGCUGCAGAAAGAGAUGGAGCAGUUCUUCUCCACGUUCAGCGACCUCACCGCGACCGGCACCGCCACGGCCCCGGCCGCCGACCCUCGCCGGCCAGAUCGCACCAACGCCAUCUGGAUACAGUGAGGGAGGCCGGGGGGGGGGGGACGUGGUGCUGAAAGGACUGUGUAAGACUCGAUAAUGUGAUGUGAACAUUACCCAGGCUCCAAACAGGAUUUGGCUGCUUGUUCUAGAAGGAAAAGUGGGAAGUUUCGUCAACGGCACGUUUUAAUUUAAGUAAUAGCUGGUGUGCGGCCGAUGCAGGUCACCUGUAGAAAUGUAGACGUCACCUGGAGUGAUGUCAGAGGGGACAUUGUAAAUACAACAUUAUUUAAACACUCGCCCAACCCUCUCAGAACCUGUCGCGGUACCUGCUCAUCUGACCCGGUGGUGGAAUAAAGGGACUGUAAACCUGAGGAUUUACAGUGCCACCAUUAUUUUAUAUUAGCUCCUAGAGCCGGAUAGAAGGGGAAGAAUAAACAUUUAAAAAGCGAAAAGGUGGAAAUAAAACAGACUUGACGACGAUGCCAAAUCUCCUCCCUGUCUUUAAUCAUUUUUAAAAUCUAACCAAAAAAAAAAAAAAGAAAGAAACAUCCUAUAGUUCCGUGUGUAACUCUGUAUCUGCUUGUGUACAUAGAGGGAAGCCAUGCAGACAAACCACAGCAGCAGAUGUAUGUAAAGAGAAAUGAAAAGUACGGCGUGAAUGUUUAUCUGAUAUUUAAAGCAAAGUUAUCAAUGUGUGAUAUUUUAUAUUUCUUUCCUUGCACUUACAUGUUUUGUUUAGUGUCGCUCCAGUUGGUACUGAAUGUUGUAUCACUUCAAUGGGACGGUAUACUGUACAUGUGCCUGUGCUUCUGUGCUGUUGUGUUCUAUUCUACCCCAUGACCAAAAAAAAAAACGAGCCUGUACUGUAAAUAUUUUAUAAGUGUAGACACUAAUUGUUAG